AUGCCGCACCACUCUCAUCUAGGUGACGACGGCCUGCCUGUCGUUCAGGCGGGGGCUUCUGUGGCCGGCGGGAAAAAGGGGGCCGCAACAGCGGCUUCACAAAAGGAGAGGGUACCCGCCAACAGGCGUGGUCCCCAUAAAGAAAGAACGCUGCAGCCGGCGGAGACCGUCAUCGCGCCAAGGGAGGAGCCGCCGGCGAAAGGACCGAGGGCCGCCGUCGGGAACCCAAGGGCGCUUGAGAGAAAGCGCCGGCAGAUUGACUCCCCCGACGAGGAAGAGGGGGAAGAUGUGGAGACAAUCGGGGCCCGCCAUCAGAAGAAGGCCCGUCAAGCUCUGGCGAAAGCUGCCGUGGUGGAGGGAGAGGCGCCUGCCUCCAAUGAAUUGGACUCAUUUGCCGCGUAUGCAGAGUUUAUGACGGAUGAAUUGGUUAGAGAGGUAGUGCUAGUUUGGUUCCUCUUUGACCCGCUUUCAGAACAUGACAAGGCUUCCUUCUUUAACAAUGACCUCCUAAUUUUGGAUGCCUUUGUGAUUCAUAAGAAAUAUGUUCCUUGUGUGUAUUACAGGGGAAAUGUAAAAGUGCAGAGGACGAUUCCUUUUGUCUGGAACCUCGUCACAUCCGGUUACAUUGAACAAUCAAUAUUUGGGGUUGUUGUAAGCACUCUUGGUCUUCUUUUUAUAGGGAAGCUGCUUGAACCUGUCUGGGGUUCCAGGGAGUUCUUGAAGUUUAUCUUUGUAGUUAACUUCCUAACUUCCAUAUGCAUUUUCAUCACUGCCAUUGCACUGUACUACAUUACAAGGAAGGAAACUUACCUAUAUAUGCCUCUUUCUGGCUUCCAUGGAGUCCUUUCAGGUUUUUUGGUGGGCAUUAAGCAAAUGAUACCUGACCAAGAGUUGCCUUUAUUGAAAAUAAAAGCUAAGUGGUUACCAUCUCUCUCACUACUGCUGUCCAUUGCCAUAAGCUUCUGGACAGCUGAGUCAGCAACAUAUCUUCCAAUCUUGAUAUUUGGCACCUAUAUGAGCUGGAUUUACCUUAGAUACUGGCAGAGAAAACCAGAAACAAAACUCAAGGGUGAUCCAAGUGAAGAUUUUGCAUUUUCUACAUUCUUCCCUGAAUUCUUGAGACCAGUCAUUGAUCCUGUUGCAUCCAUAUUCCAUCGGAUGCUUUGUGGAAGAUCUGAAGCCUCUAAUUAGAAAAUGGGAUCUUCAAUUUUUUUUUUAGAUUGGUACAAGUUAACAAAAGUCUGCUUUAAGUAUGUUCU